AUGGCCGCUAUGGAGAAGGAUGACAAGGAGUACCAAGAGAUUCUGUACGCCUUGUCCUCUUGCUGCCCAGCCAGUGCCAUGAAAUCAACAGACUCCACAACGAACCCAUACCCCAGGAGCUGCAACUACAUGUUUCGCAUGGAGGACUACGAGGCGCUGAAGCGAAGCAUCGACGGCAUCGUUGGGACGCUGAGUGGACAGCUGCAGUGUGAAGGAGUGCAAGAGAAGGAGUUUCUCCGUCCUGACUCACGAAGCCUUUGGUUUCUGCUUCUCCUUCUACCUUUACUGGUGCAUCAAAUCUGGCAACGAUGCUUGCUUUACGUGGCCCGGUCGAGCCCCGAGGCUCGGGCUCUCACAGCGGAAACAGAGUUGACUGCGACCAGUAGCGCUGAGAGAGCUGACAGCAGUGGCGGCGCUGCCACUGCGUCAGAUUCAGCUCCAAGGGCUUCCCAAACUCCAGCAGAGGCAGAUGUUGAAAGUGCCGGGUUCAAGGGCAAGAAGUGGGCCCCAGUGCGCACAGCGUACAUUAUCAACGGUGCCCGAAUGGAUGUGGACUACGGGAACCGCAGUUCCAUGCCGCCCAGCGCGCCCAAUGCGGCACGUCGGGGACGGUCCUUUGAAAGCGUCAACGACUUCCCGGAAACUGCCCUUGCGGCUUCGCCUGAGGAGACUCCAACGGACACCGUGCUGGGUGUCAUGAGUGUGGUCCACCCCGAGGAGCUGGUCCCAGCGGCACGGAAAUUCAGUUGCCAUGUCUUCGUGCCCCUGGCGCUCACGCUAGUGCUGCUGCCAGUGGUCAUCAUCAACAGCGGAUUGUUUUCUCAGGUCUCCAUGAGAAGUGCCAUCCUCACGCUGGUCUUGGCCCUCGCUGAAGCAGCCUUCGAAGAUGAUCAAGAAAUCCAGGUUAGCAUGAACAAGGUGUGGCCAUACUCAAAUCCAACAGAGACGUAUGAGUACUAUGACUUCCCGUUCUGCCACCCGAAGGUUGUGAUGCCUCACUUCAUGACCCUUGGUCAGGUCCUGCGAGGCGAUCGAUUAGUGAAUUCACUGUAUCCCAUGCAUAUGAAGCGGCAGGUCCCACGGACGGUGAUUUGCUCCAGGCCGGUCAGUGAAAUGGACAUCUUGAAAUUCAAGUCAGCGAUCGAUCAGAACUACAUGUUCGAGCUGUUCGUAGGAGAACUCCCCAUCGAUAGACCCUUCGGGGUCAAGUCGUCUAUGGGAGUCGAAGACAAUGACUCGCCAGAGAGAUACUUCCUGGUGAACUACUUGGAUUUCAUCAUUGGCUACAACGAAAGAGAGGUGGUGUCGGCGAAUGUCACCCGGGAGCUGAAUCUGGAGCACCUGGUAGACAUUACGGAGUGGAAAGAAGGAAUGGAGAUCCAAUUCUCCUAUUCUGUGCACUGGACGCCGCUGCCACACAUUCCUCCCUCGAUGGCAUUGGAGCUACAACUCAAGUCCACGAUGCCGCACGGGCAUUCGAAUAUGGACAUCCACUGGCUGGCCAUCAUCAAUUCCUUCGUGCUGAUGUUGCUGAUUCUGUCCCUUUUCCUGUUGAUCAUCAUCAGGGUAGUGCGAUCAGACCUCUCGCGAUAUCUGCAGAUUCCCGAUGAGGAACUGAAUGCUGUAGAGGAAGAGACAGGCUGGAAGCUUCUCCAUGCCGAUGUUUUUCGAGCGCCAAAGCAUCGGCUCUUCUUCUGCUCGGCGGUUGGGGCAGGCGCCCAGCUCACGAGUAUGAUGUUCAUGGUCGUCUUGGUGGGCUGCAUCGGUGCCUACUACCAGCGUGGGGCUGUCGCCUCUGCGGCGGUCAUCUCUUACAUGGUGACAGCUCUGCUUGGCGGCUUUGUCAGCGCCAAUUUGUACCAAAAGCUUGGGGGAGAGAAGUGGGCAUGGAAUAUCUUCAUCACCGCACUGUCUUUCAUGGGCCCAGCGUUCUUGAUCUGGUCCUUCCUCAAUACGGUGGCCAUUUUCUAUGGAUCCACCGCGGCCUUUCCCUUUCCGACCAUAUUGCUGAUGUUCGCCAUGUGGGCGUGCGUGACCUUUCCUCUCACCGUCUUGGGCGGCAUCAUUGGACGACACCGGUCCAUCAAGCAGGCUCAGGCAGAGGGCAGUCCUUUCCCGUGCAAGACCAACAAGCUUGCACGGGAAAUCCCAGCGUGCCGCUGGUACCAGAGCCCUGUGACCCAGAUGUUUGCCUCGGGCUUCUUGCCCUUCAGUGCGAUCUAUAUCGAGUUGCACUACAUCUUCAACUCGGUCUGGGGUCCACGGAUAUACUUCCUCUACGGCAUCUUGCUCUUGGCCUUCACCAUGCUAUUGUUGGUGGCAGGAACCGUCACAGUGCUAUUCACAUACUUCCACUUGAAUGCGGAGGACCACCGGUGGUGGUGGAGAGCCUUUGGCUCUGGAACAGCUGUGUCGGUGUUCUUCUACCUGUAUUGCAUCUAUUUCUUCCUGCAGACAGGGAUGACAGGUUUCCUACAGUGUUCCUUCUUCUUCCUCUACUCUUUGUUGGCUGCCCAUGGCAUUGCGCUGAUGCUGGGCUGUGUCGCUUUCUAUUGCACGUACUUCUUUGUGAUCUACAUUUAUUCGCGAAUCAAGGAAGGCCUUUUUGACAGCGAUCAUCAGCGAUCUUUUUUCGACCGCCGUAGCCAUCUCAUCCCCCAAAAAGAUCCGUUCCGCGCCAUGGAGGGAACGGUGACAGCACGGCGCGGGGCGGAAUCAGCAUCCGUGGUCGUGGCGGUGGAGCGGCUGACGCACAACGUGCUACGAUGCCUCAGCGACGUUGUGCAGAACCGGCCUGAGGUGCCAGGGGGACCCCUGGGGCUACGCAAAGGCUUGGGGGGAAGUAGCAAAACUGGAGAAAACUCUGGGAUUUUUAUGGAUUUUUCACUGAAAAAUCUUUUACCAACAAAAAAGGGUUAUGAUUUUUUACCGAGCAAAAGGGUGAUCUUGCUGGCGCAGGGAUUUACAAUAUAUGAUUUAAAGCCGAUAGAAAUUGGUGAUGCUUUUUACUCAUUGGGAUUUGACCGGCAAGAGCUUUGGUUUUCAUCAGCGAAAAUGGUGAGAAUUCAGCAACAUUCAGCAACAUUCAGGUGGAGGUAG